AUGGGGGAAGCCAUGGAUGUCGCAAACUGUGACGACGCAAAGAGCGUUCGCAGCCUGAGGAUGGAUCUGGACGAGAGGGUCGUUGAAUGCCAGGACGAUGUCGAGAUGCGGCCGGACGAUUCCGACGACGGCAGUUUCUCCUCGCUCAUGACCACCUCCAUGGUAGCGACAUUUCUCAACACCACCUCGAGCCCCGUUUCUCCCGGCCCCUCAAGCCCAUCUUUCCAGAUGGCCAAGAGCACGUCUUUUGUUCCGCCCGCGCGGCCCAGUAGUACGCCGUUCCCACAUCCCGAAACUCGAAGCCCGCAAAUCUGCUGCCUGGGAGGUUUAGAGUCCUGCCCCGAUGCCAGUGGCUGGGACGAGUCGUCGACCGAAUCCGUUGACGCUGCGGCCGGACGUCCGCCUGCGCGGCAUUUCGAACAACUUCCCACCGAAGUCCAUGAGGCGAUUCUCGAUCAUAUAUUCGGAUACUGCGUGUCUGCUACGUCGAGAAGCACAAUGAGGAUUUCCAGUUUGACUAGGGGGUGGAGCACGGCACUUCGCCAUUCGCGGAGGCGGGAGCUCACUGCAUUAGCUCUGGUCAACCGUGUAUGGAGUGUCUUGGUCCAGCAGAGGCUAUUCCGGCACAUCAAGCUCAAGGCGACGCUGGACUCCAUCAACAAUGCCAUGGACUUUUUGGUUGAACGACCCCAUCUUUCGUCGUAUAUCAAGCACAUUGAGAUUUGGUUCCCCGUUUUCCAACCGACUUACGGACCGUUGGCGUUGUCCAACACCCUCACAUUGCCCACCGUAACGACUGAUGGGCUGACCAAUGCCACAUACACAUUGCCGGGGAACAACUGUACCCUUGAGCAAGUGUUUCAAUUCGUUGCCGCCGCGCUUCCUGAGACCAAAGUACUCACUCUGGAAGGUGGGGAACGACGCAAGGCUCCCCGAGUGGUUCAUUUUGACAUGAGGCUACCCGGCUUGGCGGCGGAGGAUCGAGAACUUCUUCCUCUCAGCUCGGUGAGCACUUUGGUAACCAAGGGCCAGUGGAAUUUGAUGAGGAAUGGCUACGACUUCGAAGUCCUCAUGAAGGCAUUGCCGAAUCUGGAAGAGUGGCAGGGAUCUUACAGCAAGCCGAAAUCUAAGAGUUAUAUCACAGCCUCAGAUUUCCUGCCGCUCUUACCAGGCCACGUUACAAAUCUUUCACUCUGCAUGGAAAGCGAUUAUCGACGAGAAGGGGUGAUGCCAGCUUUUUACUACAAAGUGGCGCAAAAAGCCCACCUCUGUUCUAGCAUGGCCCGAGUCUUACCAUCGUUGGAGCACUUUGCUUACACCGGUCGUGUUUGCCACCAUUUCUUUGACGCAGCAAUGCGACUAGCCGAUCCCCUGACUACGAAGCUCAAAUUCAUUGACAUCACUGUCAAGAAUUGCUGUCGCCAGUCCUUCAGCUUUCACGACUCCGGCUCUGGGAUCCAGGAUAUGGCAUUUAUCGAGGCGUUUGAGAAGCUCGUUGUUUCUGCGGUUCGAUCGAUGGACAAGUUCAAGGGGGUCGAAUACUUGAGGAUUCGAUUUGUUGAUCUAGGUUUGUUUAACCAGCCUCUUAUGUCGCACCCAAGGCGAUUGCUAACAGUAGGACUAGAUUCCGUGCUACCACCGCUGAACCCGUAUUUCUUAAUGCAGAAUGGAAAAUGCACUGGGGUCUGGAGUGACUACAUCAUCACCGAAAUGAACAGGGUUCGGCCCAACACCACAUUCCCCGGAUUGAGCGAUACCUUUGGAAACAUUGUCUACAGCAAAGAUGGCCGGAUGAUAAUCGCUCCUGAGCCAUCUAGGCCACGCAUCACCUCUCUUAAACUGUCGAAUUAUCGAUCACUUGCCACUCGAAUUACCAUUCAGUAA